AUGUUGAAGGGUGUCAAGGCUGCACCCCCACCAGGGUGUACAAUCAACAUUAAUGACCCUCAAGUACAGGAAGCAGCUAUCCGCAUCCAGGCUUCAUACCGGGGACAUAGGUCCAGAAAGGAGCUUCGUGAAAAAGGGCCGCCGAGGUUCCUGCAGGAGCUGAAGGACGUGCUUCUGGUGGAAGGAAGUGCAGCGAAGCUGGAGUGCCGAGUCAGCGCCUUCCCUGACCCCUUCAUCAUUUGGUUGAAGAACGGGAAAGAGCUGAAAGAUGGACCCAAGUACCGCUAUGUGUUCGAGGACCCUGAUGUUGUAGCACUGGUGGUGCGGGAUGGGGAGCUGGCUGACCUGGGCAGAUACACCGUUACUAUCAAGAACCCCUUUGGCCAGACGUCCGGUUCUGCCUGCAUCACAGUGGAGGUUCCUGCUAAAGUCAGCAAGGGACCGGACAACGUGAAGGGCAAGAGAGGGACCACGGUGGUGCUGAAGGCCAACAUCAGCGGGGAACCGCCUCCUGAUGUGGGCUGGCUGAAGGACGGAGAGGAUAUAGAGGAGGAUGACAGAGUAUUCUAUGAUGUAGGAGACACCAACACCAUCCUGACCAUCAAAAAUGCACGCUCAUCAGACUCGGGAAAGUACGAGGUGUUUGUGGAAAACAACCUGGGAACAGACCAGUCUUUUGCUCGAGUGGACAUCCUGUGAGAGAUUCAAUAAAGCUGCUCAGUUUCAUCUC